AACGUAAAUCAGUCAUGCUUUGAACACUGUUCUCGUACAGACUUGUUUUCCUCGCGCAACUGUCCGGUGUUUUUUUGAAAAUAGGUAUAACAGUAUAUCAUAUUAUUGAUACCUACAAUAUUAGAAAAUAUACAUUUAAUAUUUAAUUUCUAAAUUUAAACUGUAUACUGAUUAUAUAUAGAUUAAAAUACAGACCUUGUAUCUAUAACACACUGUAAUUUUUAAAUUUGAAUCAAGAUCUAUUUAUUGGUUUCCCAUAAGACAUACUGUGGAACGUAAUAAUAACGAUAUAGUUACUAGAUGUCAAUAUUUAAAUGUUUUAUCAUAUUGUGAAGUAUCUGCAGAAUGUCGUUAUGACGUCGACGGUGGCUUUGUCGUCGGUGGCUUUGUCGUCGGUUACUCCUCGUCCGGACCGCGGUGGACUGCGCACGUCCGUGUACUUUUGGUUGACGCUACUUGUCGUGUGUCAAUGUCUAUCCGGGACGCCGACCGCGGCGUCGACGACCCGCCAUUGGAGUCUGGCCGAACUUUCGGUGACGUCUAGCGAACUGCCCAAACAGAUACCGCCGCCGCCUUAUCCCGUACAACAGAGGAUCCAGUCGACUCCGCACUACGACCAACAGCUGAAAUUGCCGUCGGGAAACGGCGACGGUUCGCGGCAUCAGUACUAUCCGUGGACUCGACCGACGGUGUCUAUCAUAAUUUGAGCAGAUGACGGAUCUUAUCGUUAUAAUAAUAUGUAUACCCUUACCCGCCUUUAUCAUCGCUUUGCCAACUCAUCGCUAUAUAAUAUAAUAUUAUAAGUAUUACCUAUCGUUCGAUGCCCGUCGCGCGUUUCGAUCCGCGGGAACCGGAACUGAACCGUAUAAUGGGCCGGAUCCUUGCUGUAUAUACAUAAUAAUAUAUCAUCUAUAUAUAACACGAAUCCAAUACGGAUUGUACGCGGAAACUGCAUUUAACCUGCAGAACCUUCAAAUCGGCGCAGUCGUUAUUGGACCCUAUCCAAUCCCUACGAGUAAAAGUAAUCCGAACUUUUAGUAUGACGUCUUGCACGAGCGUGAAAAACCCAUCCGCGAAAUCGGAGCAGAUGUACAAAUCAAAUUAUAUAAAAAAAGGUUCCAGUUCCUGAAUCACCAAAUUUAUAAUAGUUAAUAAGUCGGUUUAACAAUAAUAUACUAGACCUGCAAUACCUGAUUAAAAUGUUAUUCAAUUUUGGCAUUUUUUAACUGUCAUAAAUUAUAUAGGUAUAUUAUAUUUUGUAUACAUCGUAAAAUACAUAAAUGAGACAUGUAGCGGUGACCAAAGUUACCAGCUGGCUAAACCACAAGUACCUAUCUAUAUUAUGUUACCUUCACGUUAUCUAUUUUAUUUUUAUAUUUUUUAAGUAGGUAUUACGAUUGAAGAUGUGUAUCUUUUUGACCGGUACCUACACUUAUAUUUUUAUAUUAUUAUGUUAUUUAUUUAUUUUUAUAUAUAAAAUGUAAUCGGAUAAUUUUAGUUGUAAAAUGAUCACACAAAUACACAACAUGUAAUUUAUAUAUCAAAAAAUAUAUGAAAUAUACAUUUAAU